GGCCGGGGCCGCCCUUCCUGCCCGCCGCCCCGCACAGCCAUGGGCGAUGGGUGGCUGCCGCCCGACUGCGGCCCCCAGAACCGCUCCGUCGCCGGCGGCGGGGGGACGGCGGCGCCGCCGCCCGGGAGCAGGCAGCUGCCCGCCGAGCUGCUGUCGCAGCAGUGGGCGGUGGGCAUGAGCCUGCUGAUGGCCCUGGUGGUGCUGCUCAUCGUGGCCGGGAACGUGCUGGUGAUCGCGGCCAUCGGGCGCACGCAGCGGCUGCAGACCCUCACCAACCUCUUCAUCACCUCGCUGGCCUGCGCGGACCUGGUGAUGGGGCUGCUGGUGGUGCCCUUCGGGGCCACGCUGGUGGUGCGGGGGACCUGGCUCUGGGGAUCCUUCCUCUGCGAGUGCUGGACUUCCCUGGACGUGCUCUGCGUGACGGCCAGCAUCGAGACCUUGUGCGUCAUCGCCAUCGACCGCUACCUGGCCAUCACCUCGCCUUUCCGCUACCAGAGCCUCAUGACCAAGGCUCGGGCCAAGGGCAUCAUCUGCACCGUCUGGGCCAUCUCUGCCCUGGUCUCCUUCUUGCCCAUCAUGAUGCAUUGGUGGCGGGAUGAGGACCCCCAGGCUUUGGAGUGCUACCAGGACCCGGGCUGCUGCGACUUUGUCACCAACAGGGCUUACGCCAUCGCCUCGUCCAUCAUUUCUUUCUACAUCCCCCUCCUCAUCAUGAUCUUUGUGUACCUCCGGGUGUACAGAGAGGCCAAGGAGCAGAUCAGGAAGAUUGAUAGGUGCGAGGGCCGAUUCUACAGCAGCCACGAGCAGCCACAGCCGCCCCCGCCCCCUCACCACCAGCCCAUCCUCGGCAAUGGCCGAGCCAGCAAGCGGAAGACCUCCCGCAUCAUGGCCAUGAAGGAGCAGAAGGCCCUCAAGACUUUGGGCAUCAUCAUGGGGGUGUUCACCCUCUGCUGGCUCCCUUUCUUCCUGGUGAACAUCGUCAACGUCUUCAACAGGGACCUGGUGCCGGACUGGCUCUUUGUUUUCUUCAACUGGCUGGGCUACGCCAACUCGGCGUUCAACCCCAUCAUCUACUGCCGCAGCCCUGACUUUCGUAAGGCCUUCAAGAGGCUGCUCUGCUGCCCCAGGAAAGCCGACCGGCGGCUCCACGCCAGCGGUGGGGAGCUGGCCCCGCUGCCCGGGGGCUUCAUCAGCACCGUGGGCUCCCCCGAGCGCAGCCUGGGAGGGACCUGGUCUGACUGCAACGGGGGCACACAGGGCGGCAGCGAGUCCAGCCUGGAGGAGAGAAAUAGCAAAACGUCCGAUUCGGAGUCCAAGGGAACAGUCAGGCUAAUGGAUUUUCAUUGCCUUCUGCUUCUGUUCAUCAAUCUAGUUGCAGGAUGAUUGCUGGCCGCCUUUGGUGCUGCCUGCCGCCCUCAUCUAGGUCUGAGCAUGGUGCACGAGGAGGGUGGGAGUCUGCCAAGGUCAUCUGUGGUGCUGUCUGGUCUUGCCACCAUCAACCGUUCAUCAGCAGGUCAUUGCAGAACUUUGCACGCAAUGAGCUGCUCAAUGUGGGUAUAACUCUGCUGGUGAGGAGGUGCCAGGCAAUGUUAUAUGAACUCUGUGCCAACGGAUAUGUUAAGAUAUACACAAAUGUUAGCGAGGGCGUUUCCUUAACAAUGUUUUAAACCACCUGCAGCAGCUAUGUAGACCAAGAUGACAAAGCACAGAGAGUGACCAAGCGAAGGACCACCUCCCCUAUCCCCCAAGCUAUAAGUUGGUACCUAGGCACAGUUGAAUGCCUGAGGUUCAGGGAGGCUCUGGCUGUUAGAGCUCUCCUGACUGUUGGUUUGUUUGCAUGGGUAGCUCUGGAUAGUCUGGUGCUGGUGAAGGAAAGCCCAGGAGCCAGCAAAGCUCCAGAGGAAUUCUCUUGUUCUAUUUCCAGCCCUGCAUUUUAAGAUACAAAGGGCUUCAGAUCAGAUGCAUUUUUGAAGCUUAUCUGUGUGAAUAUUUGACUGCUUAUCCAAACAGAACAAAAACCUUCAAACCUUCUGAGGUCCAUCCAUCAAGAGCCUUAUCUCCCCAUGUCACCAUUCGGCUCCCGGCCGCUGCCGCUCGGAGCCUCUCGCCCCGCGGGCCUCGGCUCUGCCCACCAGCUUCCCAUCUCCCCUCUCCGGGCAGCUUCGCAGCAUUAUCCUUGGCUGCCUGCCGCUUCAGUGAUGGCCUCUGCACGGCAUGGCCCGGGCUGCUGCAUG